UAUCACAGUCCAAAGCCCCAUUUCGCGCCAUCCAAUUCGCAGUUCUCGGCCAUUACGAAAGAGAAGCGGGGAACAGCUGUUUUCCGAUCGAGAAACGAAAGGGUAGGGGGGUGAAUGUCGAAUGCCACUGCCGCCGGUCAUAGUUUUUUAGAAAUUUUUGUAGUAAAAAUUGUCAGUAUUCCUGUGAAAAAAUCGUGUGAAUUUCGUGCAAAUUGAACGUGGACAUGGAGCCAGCUAUCGAGGCAAACGCCGCGGCAGCUAACCUGCUGAGGCUCAUCAAACAGCUUCUGCUGGAGAAGGCCUACGAAGGCGUCCGAAUGCUCUUCCUGAGUCCCAACGAGGCGUCCAGGAACAUGCAGCACAUGCCGCUCAUCGCCAUGGACAUAUACAACGAUAUUUGCGUCGUCAACCUGGUGGACGAGGUCAACGGCCGGGAGCCGGAGCUCUUCGAUUGCGCCAACGAGCUGCUGAAACUGGUCGCCGAGCACGCCCCGCUGCAGGAGAUGAUGAUGGAGCUAAUGGAGAAGAUUGAGGAGAGCAAAAGCCACGCUGUCUUUGCAGCAUACCUGCGGGCCAUGCAGGUAAUCCUCCUGCGCCAGGGCCAGGACAAGCCCCAGGCGGUGAUGUGGUGUCUGCAGAGCGUGGCCACCUGCCUACACGAUCUGCCGCUGCCGGAGUAUCUGAGCGAGGGCUACGACGAGGCUGCGGGCCGCCUCGUGGAGCAGGAGAAGCAGGUGGAGGAUCUCUUGGCCCACUACAUAACCGUCGGCUUGUUCGAGGCUCCGCUGCUCGUGGAAAUUUUGCAGCGAGACGCCCGCCCCGACACAGUGAUAUUCCGCCACUGCGCCAUGUCGCGCCGCAACGCCCUAGCCUGCUUCCUUGUGCAACUUCUGGGCAAGCCGCUGGCCCUUCUCGAGAUGAGCUACGUGAAGGACGACCUGACCCACACCUACGUUCAUCAGGUGGUGAAGAACCUCACCCAGGAGGCCACCAAGACCAUUGGCGGCGACCCCUUCUAUCUGCUUGCCCUGGUGGAGAAACGCGCCCGUUGGGAGCGCAAACUGAACGCAGCAAAGGGCGUCUACGAGAUGACUAGCCAGAAUAUUUUUCUCAUCGAGGACUUGAUGCCCCUGCAUGCCCUGGCCAUGUACUACCACGCCAUCUUCGUGCACGACCUGUUGCCGCCAACGACACCCAAGAUUUAUUCGCCAGUCUUCCUGUUCGAGUCGGUCCUCUAUCUGGUGACUGAGCUGCUCCGGCAGCCGGAGCCACCGCUGCAACACUGCGGCCUGCGCCUCUUCGAGCACAUUUUGAUCAACUGCGGCGUCACAUCGGUGCCCCAUUCCUCGCUGCAGCUGGACGUCCAUAAGCGAUUAUGCGAUGAGCUCUGCAAGAUUGUCGGCUACUCGCCACAGGUGGCACUCCGCCAGCUGGGACUGCACGUGCUCCGGCACUACAUACUGGCCUUCGAUGACCAGGGAAAGUACUUGAUCCUCAAGAACCUGCUGGAGACGCUGCAGCACGACGGCCUGAUGGGCUAUCUGAGUGCCAUGUACAAGGACCUGGUGGACAAGGCCCUGACGGCCCACAGAAAGUGCAGCGUCAGAAUUCCCCCUGAAUUUGACGGCAAGCAUUUCCGGGAGAUGCUGAUGCUGUGCGUCUUUGUGCUGCCCAACGACGUGAAGUCGGAUUUGUUGCUGCACGCUGACCGGAUCUGCAACGCCAUCAACAUCUUGCGGUACUUUGCAGUGAUAGACAAGCAGAACAUCACCGGAUUCUGGGACGUUCUGCCGGAAAUCGAGAAGCGGCUUCUGGUGCCCCUGGGCACGGCCCUGGACUUCUCGAUGGCCCACUACAAGGCGUACAAGGAGCGCGUGGAGAACGGCCAAAGUGCCUCGGACGACGCCCUAAUGAAGAAACAGCUGCAAAUGCUGGCCGUGAACAUCAGCAACAGCGGCAUCGCCGGUGAUGGCGACAGCAGUCUGCCCGAUAUCGGACGCCAGGAGAAACUCGAUGUGCUGGCCAGCUCCAUCACCAGCCUAGAGUCGCUGCGUUCGAUUUAUGUGCGCGCCAACGAGGUAAUCGAGCAGAACGCCCGCCAGCGCAAACUCCUCCAAGACGCGGGCUCAGCUCCAUUCCCAGCCCCAGCACCCGUGUAGGCUCUUAACUUUAUAUAUUUGUGUCCAUAACGAAAGCGAAAUGAUAGCGUAAACUAAUUGUAUGUGUAAACAGAUUAGAAACCGAAACCGAUACGAACAAGCGAA